AAUAGUAGGCGCAAUUUAUUUGUUUAUCUAUUAUAUAGAUUAAUUUGUGUUUCAUUAAUAAUACAUAAGUGGAAUUAUCAAUAAUACAUUCUCAUUUUGAAGUCACGCUAACUAUAACUAAAAACUAAAGAUUUGGUGUACUUUUUACAAUAUUCCUGCAUGAGUCUGCACACAUACACUUUUCAGAUGAUGCUUUUAAGAGUAAUUUGAUCGAUGCAAUGUUUUGAGAAGAGAGAAAAAGACCCUUAAUAUUACAUUUAUGACGCCACGAUUUUAUCAAAACAUUUUAUAUUUUGGUGUAUGGAUUAAACAUUGUUAACAAAUGACAAAAAAAUAUUAUUUAAGUUGUACAGUUGUGUGCUGGGAUGCUGUACAACUAGUUUUAACAAGCCAAAAUUACACACCCACACAUAGGCUAUACAAAGAUCUGUCUGUAGUAGGUCUAUAGUGUAACACUGGGUUCUCCUUGGGUUUAAGAAAUCAAACAAGAAGGGUAAAUAUUUGACACUGAAGAGCUCUUGGGUGUUGAGAGUGCACAAUUUUCCUACUACUAUCCGUGGGUGUCUAAUAGAUUAAGGAGAUACGAGAGGUCAUUAGAAACUAAACUGUGUGCCUACACAAGGCUUUAUUUAUUCUAUGAGAGUGUGUGCUUAAAUUCAAAGAGCUUGGCAAACAUUUAACUCACUUUAUACAGGUUAGCAGCGAUAUGUGGAUGAUAUGCGCACUGACGUGUUACUGAUGUCAAAUAACAAAUAAAGCCAUGUAUUAAAUUAUUGUAUCAAAUUGUGUGUAUUAAAUUAUAUGUUUCUCUAUUAUUUUUCGUUUCGCCUUAAUAUAGACAAUAAAGGCUACAAAUCAAACGUUAAGGUAGAGUCUUUUUUUAAUGUUAAGAGCUUUAAUUAAAUUCAACUCAUUAGGAGGCAAUUUGUAACGAAAAGGAUGAAACGAAAAGCUUUCUAAUACCAGUUGAAAACAUAACCAAUAAUUUAUUGGCGUAGGCAGCAAUAGACGUGAAGCAGUAGAUAGUUGUCCAGAUCCCGUUUGGCCCUAUUCAAAACCAUGACAACAAGAAACAAGCAGGGAUUUAUUUGAGAAAGUUAAAGGACAUUGUGCAGGGGCGUCAAUCAAGCAUUAUUUCAGGACUGAACAAAUGCAAAAUCUUGACUGGAACAAAUGCUUCCAACGGGUCUCGGACGCGGGGCUACAUUUCCCUCUUUUGUUCCCGGUCGCUGGUUGGCAUGUAUUUGUGUUCCUUUUUUCGCACCGACCACCCAGGACGACUAGACGAGAACGGAUACCCACUAUGUUUGGGAGGGUCUAUGCAGUCAUCCAGAGCGCGCAUUAGACUAGGCAGUCUCUGGCAUCAUCGGAACCGAGAUCCCAGGUGCACUUAGCUGGUGAUGUGUUGGACUCGAACAGCCUAUAAAGAAAUGUUAAUCUCUCCACCUAUGUUCAAAGAAAUGUAUUCAGGUUUUGUGUUAUUAAUAAGACAUUAGCUAUUAAAAGGUACCAACAUUUAUAUUGUAUUGCAGCUUCAAUUAAUGUUUGGUUAAAAUCUAGGCUUUAAUUUACGUUUCAAAGGGAAACUAUUUGGCCAAAUGUGUUUAUAGGGGUAAUAAACAGGCUACGACUCUAUGCAUUUCUCCUAUUACAGUUUUCUUCUCCAUCAAUAUAGACUUAUUAUAAUGAAAUAUCCCGCCCAUUACUUGACUUAUAGGGUGUACAUGCAGCAUGCAUUGGUGUCGAACACCUGCAAUAAACAACAAGUACGCCAAUAAACGAAUUAGAAAAACCAACUAUGGGACGCUAAUGGAUCACUUUGUAUGCAAAUAUCCGAUAUAUUAUUUGAGCGGGGGGAAGAAGGGGGGUUCUUGUUGUUACUUGCCACCCAAGACGUGAUUCAGCCUCAACAAUUACCAUUAUCUGUUUCCCACUUUUUACGAAUUCGGACGAAUCAGUAAUGAUGAAGAGUGUUACCCACCAUCAUUGUGAAAGUUACGGCCUAUUCUUUGACGGGUUCACACCUACCAUUACAGGGAUUUAAGUACUCGAGUCAUUGAGGUACUUAGCACCCAUAAGGAGGAGAGGCCUCAAAGCAGCGACAAAGUGCUGUUUAUAUAAACACCACGACAUCCGUGUACACAUUAUCACUUGAGUCGCGUCCUUCACUCGGACACAUCACUUCAGCACUGCGCGGCCGAGGACAGCUCUCAAAACCUAGAAUUAGGACUGGAUUUAUCAACAAUUAAGAUUUACUGAUGGCUAUUUCCAACAAGUUCAGUUUCACCGUAAGAAGUAUUUUGGAUUUGCCUGAAAAUGACACCGAUGGCAUCGCUCACCAUUCUCCAGUUGGCGCACUCUCCAACUCACCUUACUCGUCCUGGAUCGAAAACGACAGAAGUCAUUGCAUCUCGUCCGAUGAGAGCAACCUUGAGGCUUCACCAGACUCCACCGGGCCUGAUGUGCUGUCCGUGGAUGCAGAACAGGAGAAGAGGAAGAAGCGACGUGUGUUAUUCUCCAAGGCUCAAACUUAUGAGUUGGAGAGACGCUUUCGUCAGCAGCGUUACCUGUCCGCUCCUGAACGAGAACAGCUGGCGCACCUGUUGCGACUCACGCCCACUCAAGUGAAGAUCUGGUUCCAAAACCACAGAUAUAAGAUGAAGAGAGCGCGGAUUGAGUGCGCUCAUGACCUCAGUCAACCUCCAGUGAUGCGCAGGGUUGUGGUGCCAAUUUUGGUCCGAGAUGGCAAACCUUACGCAAACUGCAAUGUCGAAACAGAAAGGGGUAGCUGCAUUCCAACAACAGUGCCAUCCUCACCCUUUAGCGUUCAGAGUUUCCCAUCUUUACAACAACAGACACCCUUCGCGCUUUUCCCCACAUACCAGCACUUCACCAACACAGCGGCCUCCCGUCACCACUUUUGUGUUUGGUGAGACUUUGCCAUCACACGAACUAUUAUCAUGGAUAAUUACAAGCUGUUUUUAUUUACAUCUGGUGUUCGUUUUAAACCUUCAGUGUUAAGUGAAUAAAUGCUGUUUGCACAUAUUGUAUGUUUUAUGUACUUGUAGGGUUUUUAUGAGAUGCGUUUUGC